UACCUGUCUCAGAAGCAAAUAGGUGGUAGAUGGCAGUUCGUUGGGCACGAUGGAAAGCAACGGUUACGUUUCCAUAUUCGACGAGCUAGACGAAGACGCGUACGAAUUCUUUUCUCGCAUCGACAAAAAUGGAGAUGGUUUCAUUGAUUUGUCAGAGUUACGAGAAGCCCUGGAGGUUUGCGGAUUCAAAAUUCCUGGAUGGGAAGUUAGAAAAAUAAUAGCAGAAUUUAACAGCCGUGGUUCUAACCAUUCUGGCCGCCUCUCCUUUGAUGAAUUUGAGAAGCUCUGUUUAGAUCUAAAAUCAAAUGAAGUUGGAAACACAUUUAAGAAAGUUGUGUCGAAAAAAGAGAAUUUAGAAACACUUGGAGGAAUGUCAGAUGCAUCUAGUGAAGGUACAACACAUUCAGUGAGGUUGGAGGAGCAACUGGCAUUUUCUGAUUGGAUUAACACAAAUCUGAGGCUUGAUCCUGAUCUGAAGCACUUACUACCAAUUGACUCAGAGGGCAAGACACUUUAUGAGAAAGUAAAAGAUGGUAUUUUGUUAUGUAAGAUAAUAAACCACUCUUGUCCUGAUACCAUUGAUGAAAGAGCCAUAAAUAAGAAGAACCUGACUCUGUACACAAAGCAUGAAAACUUAACUCUAGCGUUAGUAUCAUCCCAAGCUAUUGGUUGCAAUAUAGUAAACAUUGAUGCACAUGACCUUGCUAAAGGAAAACCUCAUCUGGUCCUAGGUCUUUUGUGGCAGAUUAUAAGGAUUGGAUUGUUCAAUCAGAUAACUUUGGAGAACUGCCCAGGUUUGACAUCUUUAUUGUCUGAUGGGGAACACAUAGAAGAUCUAAUGAAACUAUCGCCUGAAGCUAUCUUGCUAAGAUGGGUGAACCAUCACCUUGAAAGGGCUGGAGUAGCCAGGAGGUGUGGCAACUUCCAGGGAGAUAUUGUAGAUUCAGAAAUUUAUACAUACCUGCUGAAGCAAAUUGCACCACCAGAAAGUGGUGUGACAAUGGAAGCAUUAAUGGAGCCAGAUCUUCUGCGACGUGCAGAAAUAAUGCUCCAGCAAGCUGGGAAACUGGGUUGUCGUAGUUUUGUCACACCGAGUGAUGUGACUAAUGGAAUUUACAAACUUAACCUUGCUUUUGUUGCCAACUUGUUCAAUAACCAUCCUGGUCUUGAUCGCCCUGAAGGUGAAAUUGAAGGAUUAGAGAAUAUUGAAGAAACCAGGGAAGAGAAAACUUACAGGAACUGGAUGAACUCAAUGGGUGUGCAACCAUAUGUAAAUUGGCUCUACUCUGACUUGGCUGACGGUCUUGUCAUCUUCCAGCUCUACGAUAUUAUUAAGCCAGGAAUUGUCAAUUGGAACAAGGUACACAGGAAAUUCUCCAAGCUACGAAAAUUUAUGGAGAAAUUAGAAAACUGCAAUUAUGCUGUUGAGCUUGGUAAACAGCUUAAAUUUUCUUUGGUUGGCAUUGCAGGCCAGGAUAUAAAUGAUGGAAAUGCUACUCUCACACUAGCUCUUAUAUGGCAGCUCAUGAGAGCAUAUACGCUGUCUAUAUUGACCCAGCUGGCUAAUACAGGAAGUCCAAUAGUAGAAAAAGAAAUUGUUACGUGGGUCAACAAUAAACUUGCACAAGCUAGGAAGAAAAGUACACUGAAGAAUUUUCAGGAUUCAUCUUUAGCAGAUGCAAGAGUAGUGAUUGACCUCAUUGAUGCAAUUAAACCAGGAACUAUUAACUAUGACUUAGUACGAGAAGGUGGCGCAGAAGAGGACAACUUGGCAAAUGCGAAAUAUGCUAUUUCUAUGGCGAGGAAGACAGGAGCGAGAGUGUAUGCGCUUCCAGAAGACAUUACUGAAGUGAAGCCAAAAAUGAUAAUGACUGUUUUUGCUUGCCUUAUGGCUAUGGAUUACAUCCCAAACAUGGAUGUUAAACAAGAUUCAUAAGUUUAUAGCUAUCAGUAGACGCUUGUAAGUGAAUUUUGUGAUUGUAAAAGUACCUAAAGUUUUAUUUUUGAAUGGUUGUAAAGUAGUUUAUAUUUCAUUCCAUAUUGUAUACAAACACUUGUAAUGUCAUCUUUGAAAAAGUAUUUGUGUGUAUGUGUGUGUCUCAGUAAAAAGAUGAUACAGUGAUAAUGUACAAUAUUCAUCACAUUUUUUUUAAAAAAAUGUAAUUUUGUUCUUACAGGAUGAUAGGUGGGGAGGAAAUUUAGACAUUAAAGUCCUCAUAACAGAUAACAGAGAAUAAUGGGAGAGUUCUUUACUAGUGGUCUUAUUCUUUGUGUUAUGUGAGAGAACAUUUUUGUCAGCAUUAUUGAGUGGUAAUGUGAACAUAUUCUCACUUUAUCCAUAUUUUGAAUGGGCAGAAGACACACUUCAGACUGCAUAAAUGAGUUACCUCAUUUCUGUAGUUUGUAUAUAUAUAUAUUUUGUAAUAUAUUUUAUACACAGCCAUUGUAAAGGGUCACUCCUUCAAUGUAAUCAGAUAGCCCCAGUAUAUCCAAAAGUGAAACUGAACGUGUGAUGCUGGGUUUCUUGUAUUGUGAGUUGGGGGAUUGUAUGUUUUUAAGAUAGUGUGUGGCACCAGCCCAUGACUGAGCCAUUGGCCUGACUGUUGGUGUUGUACAGCCUUUCUUCAGCAUGGCACUAGGAGGGGGAGGGCAGUGGACUCAUCACCCUCUUCAUCUUAACCCAACCCCCCCUCCCCUCCCC